AAAAAACAAGACGGGAUUUGGGACGUCUCAUUCGCGCGGGGUCUCGAAUUGCAGCAUCUCGAAUCAGAGCAAACGCUGCUUGAGAGCAUGACUGAGCCAAAUUGCUAGAUUUCAACUGCCUAAUCUCGCUUGCUUUUACAUUGAGGAAAGCUCCAGUGGCUUCCCCAAGAGCACAAGAGGAAAAAGAAAAAGCAAAGGAAAAAAAAACCAGCAAACAUGUCGGCCCAACCACCAGCCCGCCCCGACCCGCCACCCGCCGCCGACAACGACGACCUGGCGACGGGCGACAUGUUCGCGGACCCGGCCGACUUCUACCCGCCAACCCCACCCCCACGCACCGAGACGCACACCCUCGCGUCCGGCAAAACCCUGACCCUCUACCUGGUCGGCCACAGCGUCAUGGACGCGCACCACCUGUGGAACGGCGGGCGCGUGCUGGCCGACCACCUCGAGGCGGACCCGUCCCUGGUGCGCGGCCGCUCCGUGCUCGAGGUCGGCGCCGGCGCCGGCAUCCCCAGCCUCGUGGCCGCCCACCUGGGCGCCCGCGGCGUCGUGGCGACCGACUACCCGGACCCGGACGUGCUGGUCGCCCUGCAGCGCAACGUCGACGGCUGCGCGCUGGUGCCGGACCCCAAGGCCGACCACGUCGUCGUCGACGGGUACGUGUGGGGCCACCCCGUCGAUAAGCUGCUGGAGAAGAUGCCGGGCGGCGGCGGCGGCGGCGGCGACGGUGCAGCAGUUGAGGGGGCCGCCGCCGGCGUGGACGUGCUGAUCAUGGCGGACCUGCUGUUCCGGCACACGGAGCACGAAAAUAUCGCAAAGACGCUGGAGCUGGCGCUGCGGCGGGCGCGGGACAGCAGGGCCUUCGUCUUCUUCACGAGCUAUCGCCCCUGGCUGCGGGAGCGGGACCUCAAGUUUUUUGACAUUGUGCGCGAGCGCGGCUUCGUGGUCGACAAGGUGCUGGAGAAGAAGAUGGACGAGGUCAUGUUCAAGGGCGACCCGGGCGACGAGGAGGUGCGCAAGACGUGCGACGGGUACGUGGUGCGCUGGCCGGAGGACAAGUGGCUUGACUGAAGGGCGAUAAUAAUAAAAAUACUUACGGUUUUUUUUGACGAGGAUACCCGGGAUUUUUGGAGAGCCUAUAGAGGGGGAUAUGCAUUAAAAGCAAGAAAAAGAUCAUGAUUUCAACAAUGCGUACAUAUUGGCGAUAUAUACACCAGGAGCCGCUCCAUAUGUGGCAACGUACAUCCCAAACUAGGCUACAUAUGCCAUCCAUCUACACACCCCUCACCCCCCUAGUUCGUCCUAAACAUGGCAAUCGUCUGC